AUGGAAAAAUUUUUUUUUUACGUUAGUUUUAGUUUGGUUUUUAUUAUUACAAAAUCAGGUGGAUUAAGUUUGACUUCAUCAUCGAAUAACGAAUAUAAUGAAAAAGAAGAACCUGGAUCCUUAAUUUUAUCUAGAAAACGAAGAUAUGUUGUUUUUCCAGAAGGCAGCACUCUUUCCGUAGCCGCAUGCGUUUCACCAACAGCAUUGACUGGAGCUGGAGCCAUAUUUACAAGCGGAAUAGCCUGGGCUUUAUCAUACGAUCUUCCAAAUGAAACGAUACACACUAAACAUCAUCAUCAUCAUCAACAACAUUACAUAAAACAUGAAUAUAUGAUUCACAGGCAAAAAAGAGACCUUUUUGUUCGAAUGGAAAAGCUUAUAGAUAGAUCAGGUUUCGAUGGGAAAAGUUGCGUUUUAAAAACAAUUUGCGAAACUGCUCAAAAAAUAACAUCUCGUGAAGGAAUUUUAGAAGAAAUUUUACGCAUUAUUUUUACGUAUACAACGAAAACAUUUUCAACUAAUAAUGAAAUCACAUCAGAUUUUUACGGAUUGGCUCAAAAAGCAGGAGAAAAUAAUGAAAAUUGUAACAAAUUAUUUCCGUGUCCUGUUAGUUUAUUGCAAUUAGGAUUAAAUGUAGGCAAAUAUUGA